AUGCGUCCAGAUGCACACAAGCAAAAGGCUAGUCGCCUGUACAAGGCAAAGCACAAGGAUUUAUUUCCCACACAAAAUAAACUCAAAGCCACAGCCGCACCUGCCAACGAACUAACCCAGCCCGAGCAAUCUGAGAAACUCGAGCAACCCGCCUCCGCAGACAGUAGCAAUGACAGCACCGAGCCUAAACCCGCACCUGCGCCCUUCUCUCGUCGCAAACUACAAGACAACUCAUACCGGUACGAGGAAUUCCAAGACGAAGAAGCCCUUAUCAAUGCGCGCAUCGAAGAAAGCCGGGACCAAGAAGACAUGCAAGAAUUCAUCAAGCACUUUAAAACCAAGGUUGUAACCAACAGCGAUGAAAAUGUCAAUUUGGUGGAUCCGAGCGAAUUAGCGCCUGCAGAGAGAGAGGAGAGGGAGAGGAUGUUAAGGGAAAUGCGCAGACAGAUUCUGUAUGAUGAAUUUACGCCUGGACCUGAUAGUGCCCAGGUAGGUGUGAGUGCGGCAAUAUCACCAAUGCCAUUUUCUCAUGCAAAGGCCGUGUCUGAUGACGACGAUGAUGAGCUGGAUGCUAUUUUAGGCUGA